GGCAAAGUGAGUCUAUCCAUCAUUCGCGAUUUGCGCCGCGGUCGGCACAUUGUCGGACCGUUGCCGGCUGCUCUCGCGCGCGACUUCGAAACUUUCUGAGCGCUACAGAGCUCACGCCAUAUCUUUGCGAAGAACCGAGCGGAAGGCUUUCCUGAAAAUGGGUUCCAACGUCAACGGCGGCAGCGGCUUGGUGGGAGCUGUACGCAGGGGAUUAGACAGGCAGAUAUUUCCUCCGCUUGUUUUAAUGAAGAAUAGAGGAGGGCCACUUAAACAGCAAAUUAUGACGACGGCGUCACCGAGAGCGGAGGCUUGCAAACAACGAUUCGCAAACAUAACUCUGAAUAAAGAUGCCAUUUACUGCGCGGCCAUAGAUGAUGGAUACCUAUGUUGGCCCCCCACCCUGCCUGGGGAUUCCAGUUACCAACAAUGCCCUAAUACCAGACUUAGUGACACGAAUAAUAUAGCGUUCAGGACGUGCGGCGCAAACGGGAUAUGGCUUGACCGCAAAAAUAGGGAAAGCAACCCUGCGGGGUGGACCAAUUACACCCCGUGCUUCCCCCCGGAUGUAAGGAGUCUCUUAACAAAAGUAUAUAAUAAAGAGGAUGAAGCACAGGAAAAAUUCCUCACAGCAGAACGAACGCGAACAUUGGAAAUCAUCGGAUACUCUUUAGCGUUCGUCGUCUUGGUCGGGUCACUUGUAAUUUUUUCACGUUUCCCGAGACUUAAAAAUACAAGGACUAAAAUACAUAAGAACUUGUUUGCUGCUAUGACAACCCAGGUGUUCAUUAGACUGGUGUUGUACUUUGACCAAGCUGUUGCCAGAACAAGGAUAGCUUAUGGAGUCUCCAGCGAAAAUUCCUGGUCUGUUGAAAAUUAUCCCUAUUUAUGUAUUGGAUUAUAUACAAUGCUGGAAUGUACUGUUAGUUCCACGUUCAUGUGGAUGUUUAUCGAGGGGUUGUACCUUCACAAUUUCGUUACACGUAAUUGCAUGCGCGAACACCGGCCCUUCGCCAUUUACUACGCCAUUGGGUGGGGUUUGCCUAUCUUAAUAACUGGAGUAUGGGCUGUGAUGACGCACUUUUAUUAUGUCAACCAACCAUAUAACUGCUGGUAUGGCUACAAUUUCACGUUACUGUAUUGGAUCAUACAAGGUCCGAUAUCGGCUAUAAUAUUCAUAAAUUUUUUAUUUCUAAUAAAUAUAAUCAAAGUAGUGAUUACAAAAGUAGGACGGACUGAGAGUAAUGAGUUGGUUAAAGCAAGGAAAGCUGUCAAAGCAGCACUUGUGUUGCUUCCAUUAUUAGGGAUAACGAACAGUUUGAACAUGAUAGAACCGCCCCUCGACUCGGUAUGGUGGUUCCGUGUUUGGAGUUACACGACGCAUUUCCUGAGGUCAUUCCAAGGAUUUUUUGUGGCUAUCAUCUACUGUUUUAUGAAUAACGAGGUCCGCGCCGCGAUAACAAAAUAUUUUGAGGACCGACAGGCCAUGCGCAGUGCGGGGACGAGACGGGGUGGCCAGUCCCAAUCGGAACAUAACAGCUGGUCGAUGUGCAGCUGCUUCAAGCGCCAGGAAGAAGACUUGGAGAUGGGCCCUAUGCCGGGGACUCCCCACCCUUCUGCUACGGCGCCUAUGAAUGAGAACAUACGAUUCAUAUUCGACAGCAUUAAUCAGGAGGCUGCUGAAAUGGGCCUCCAAGUCAACAACCAGGCUGGGGAAUUUCGCGAGCGCCUUAACCCGUAUAAAACCAGGCGUCCAGCGAUUCGUCGUCCAAAAACUGAUGCUUCACCCAAAAAUUCUGCAUUGAAUGACAAGGCGGAUGAAUCCUCGCGUCAGGUGGUGUUUUAUCGGGUGAACAUACCGGGUACAACCCAGUUGCCGCCUGUUUCUGUUACUCUCGAGAUGGAGUAAUAAUCUUUAAAAAAAAAAAGUUUAUUUGUGUAGGUAGUCAGUUUACUAAAACUGACGCCGAUUGAUGUUUAUCGUUCAUGUCAAUUUUAUGUCGUAAAAUUUGAAGAUAUCACAAAAAUAUUUUAAAAUAAUUCAUGUUAUAUCCAAAAUUCAAUAUUUAAUACAAUUCCAAUAGGGUAAAAGCGCUAUAGUUGCAGCGCCGGGAGAAAUUUACCACCAUUUUUAAGUGUCUCUUCUAAGUUUAGAAAAAAAAUAUAUUAGAAACCUGAACCAAGUUUCAACAAUAGUUCUCAACAAUUUCGGAAAAAAGUGGCUAUGACAUACGGACGGACAUGACGAAUAUUGCCUUUGCCAUUAGGCCACGGAACCCUGACAACCCCCUAACUCGCAACAAGCGUUAGUAGGAACGGCCGUCACGCCGCACAUUACUUACGCGGAGAACAUUCGCAUGAUGGCGGCACGUUUCGUUCAUCCGAAUAUUUCACCUCAAAUAUUUUGCAUUGUAUAAUUUUAUGAUUCGUAACAAAUUCCGAUGUAAUAUUUAAUUAAGCAAUGUACUGGUUCAUUGAAAAAAUACAUGAGCAAAUGCUCGUGUAUUAAUUCAAUCCCUAUUAAAAAAAUACAGUUGCCCUGAAUUAUGGAUCCCCGCCAUUUUACGAUAACUUCAUUCCAAAUUUAAUAGCUAGCUAAGGCAUCAUUGUUUUUAUAAUACCUACUUUUAAAACUUUUUAAUGUUUAUUGUAAAACUUUUAAUGAAUUUAUUUAUUUAUGUAAUAGGUAGGUAUUGUGUGAAUUUUAGUUCUUGUUUGGCCAGGCCUGAUUUUAAGUAUUGAUUUGGUAAAAAGGUUGGUUUUCAAGUGUUCCUGAGCUUAGUUUUAGAACUGUUUUUUUUUAAUAUUCUAUCUGUUAUAUUUUAUGUAUAAUUAUAUUUAUAUUUGGACUUUUUAGUGCAACUGAAACGCUUUAAAUGAUUGUGGUAUUAGA